AUGGCGUCUGCGUCUCAACCCUCGACCUGGACAGACACUGUUCUUGACGGUGGCUAUCUCCCCCAUGCUCUCAUUCGCAUCGGCAUCCGACGACAGCUGGCGGAUCGCAUCUCCCUCAUCGCCAGCACGUCGCUUGCUGCCGAGUAUGAGCGGAAGAUGGCGUUCGUCGACGCCCUUCGAAGCCGGCCCAUCGCCAUUCACACCGAUGCGGCCAACAGUCAGCACUAUGAGGUCGGCACGUCGGUCCUCGCGGGGAUGCUUGGCACGCGCAUGAAGUAUUCCAGCUGCUUGUAUCCCACGGGCAAAGAAAGCUUGGCCCAGGCGGAGAUUGCCAUGUUGGAGAGCUACGCGGAGAAGGCGGAUAUUCGGGACGGUCAGGAGAUUCUGGAUUUGGGUUGUGGCUGGGGCUCUGCGACGCUGUACCUGGCUGAGAAGUUUCCGGGGUGCACGGUGACGGGGUUCAGCAACUCGCGGACACAAAAGAUGCACAUCGACUCUGAAGCCAAAAGGAAAGGGCUGGGCAAUGUCAAGGUCAUUACGGGGGACGUGGUCGACCAUGAGUUCGAGGCGGACAAGUACGAUCGGGUGGUGAGCAUUGAGCUCUUCGAACACAUGAAGAACUACCAGCUGCUCAUGGCCAAGGUCGGCCGGGCACUGAAACCGGGCGGGAAGCUCUUCGUCCACUUCUUCUGCCACAAGACCUCGCCGUACGAUUUCGAGGACGGCUGGAUGAGCACGCAUUUCUUCACCGGUGGCACCAUGCCGUCUGCGGACCUGCUCUUGUUCUUCCAGGACGACCUCCAGAUCCGGAAGCAGUGGUGGGUCAGUGGCACGCACUAUGCCAGGACGUGCGAAGACUGGUUGAGCAAGAUGCUGAAGGAGAAGAAGGCGGUGUGGGCUGGACUGGAGGAGACUUAUGGGAAGGAGGGCGCGCAGAUUUGGUGGAAUCGAUGGCAGGUCUUCUAUAUGGCUUGUGCCGAGCUGUUUGCGUACAAUGGUGGCGAAGAGUGGGGUGUCACGCAUUAUCUGUUUGAAAAGAAGUGA